ACUUGAUACAUUCGUCAUAUUUAAUUUCUAGCCAUACUAGAGACGGAAAAAUAUAUUGUCUGUGUUCCGCAGAAGCAACAAAUUCUUCAGGCGAACGAACUCCCACCACUCGUUUGCGGGAAGCUUCCGAACAAUCGAAGAAAAGUUCGCUGCCGAUUUUUUUUUAUCGAGAAGAGACAACCCCAUGCUUUAUCCCACACAUCUAGAUUAGGGUUUUUUUGAAUCUGACAAUAUUGUCUCCUCUUCUCCUUUAGCCUUCAUCGUUGAUUGUCUGCUAUCUGCAGAGAGGGCAUGAUGAGUGUUCUAUUACACAAUCCUCAAAAUUUAUUACUUCGUGGUCAAGACAAUUUCUCAAAAACCAGACUGACUAAGGGGCUGGGUUUGGGAUAUUCAGGUUUAGCAUUUCGAUCUAGGGGAGCAUUGUCUGCUCAAACCCAACUGUCCAUCAAGUUGCAUGGAAGAAAUCCACUAGAACAGCUGGUUUCUGUUCGUGUAGCUCCUGAUAAUGCAGAAGGCAACAGCUCAGAUGAUGAAAGCACAGACAAUGAGGAAAAUGCCCUGAAUAAUAGUCAGGAUAUAUCAGGUGGUUUAUCACGUGAGGACUUGGAAAGGAUUGUUGGAAAAGAUGAAGCCACAUUUAGUGGAGUAGAUCUUGCAAGACUUAUAAGGAAUAAAUAUGGAAGAUCUUAUGAUGUUCAACUUAUAAAGAAGGAAUUCAUGGGGAGAAACCUACUUGCGAUGAAUGUCAUGUGGAAGUACAUGGAGCAGCGAUCCUUUCCAUUAACUGAAGAGGAGUACAUACUGAGGCUUGAUGAUAUAGCAAAUACAUUAAAAUGUUGGGGCGCUGUCUCACAUAUCCGAAAUAGUCUUGCAAAAUUGAAAGAGCGACCGCGAAUAGGAAAAGCGGUUAGCAUUUUCAUAGACAUGGAUGAAAGUGGAGGGCGGUCAAAUGAGUGGAUUUACAAAUGAUAGUUUUACAAAAUAAUUUGGCUGAAAGCAUUGAAGCAGAUCUCCCCAGAGUGUCUACAAUCAGAAUUGUAUAUUUUAUUAGUGAAACAACUUGCUUUCUAUUCUCUUUGUCAAUGCUUUACCCCUCCCUCUGUUCAUCAUUUCAACAACAGUAUGAAAGUAUCACUAUAACUACAAGCCGCAUGCUUGAAGUUUUAUAUUUAGUUGGCUUUGAA